CUUCUAAAUGAUGGCGCGCUGUGGAUGGGGUGUGAGAUGAGGGUACCUGGAGAGCUGGACACAGGCUUGGUUAUCAGUAGCACCUCCCUCCCCAGCAACUUGAACUCUGCUUGAGGGGCUGUGUGUGUGCGAGUGUGAAUGUUGCAGAAUUGGGGGUGUGGGAAGUGGAAAAAGGACAGCGCGGCAGAUUCUGCUUCGUCAUGAUGCCGGCUAAUGCUCCCCUUGUUUGAAAUGGAUCAGCUGCAGCAGCAGCAGCAGCAACAGCAACAGCAGCAGCCGCAGCCGUGGUGGCCGAGCAGCACACCCAAACACACACACCCUGGGACCGGCCACUAUCAGUUGGUGGUGGGGAGGAGCCCGCCCGCCCAGCGACCGCCCGCCGUCCUGCUCGCCAACCAGACAGGACUCCCCAGCACCGGGGACCCAAGCGGAUGGCUUGCGGAGCAGCAGGGUGCGGGUGAAGGGGGUGGGGGCUCAGAAGGGAGAUCAGACCGCUGAGCCGCGACCAGCACCCCUCCUUCGCCAGCUCCCACCCCACCCACCCCAAGCCAGCUUUCUUCCUGUUAUUUGUGCUUCGCAAAAGCACGGCUGGGUUCCUGGAAGAGACGCCUCUUACCUAGACUCCAGAGAAAACGCGGCAACCCGUGGACCCGGGCCUAUGCCUCUUGCCUCUUUGGGGCUUCCCAGCGCCUGAGCCCCACUGUCUGGGAAGAGAGCCUCGCGGCGGUCAGCAGCCUGGGGAGACCCGAGGGAUGAGAACGCCACAGAGCAGUGCGACGCCUUCGCUGCAGGAGCCGGGCCGAGCCUGACGCCGGUUCUGUCCACGCGCACCGGCCUCCGACGGAGCGGCCGGCCCGCGGCUGCCGCAUGGAGCGGCUGCAGAAGCAACCUCUUACCUCCCCCGGGAGCGUCAGCUCCUCCCGAGACUCCAGUAUGCCCGGCUCUCCCUCCAGCAUCGUGGCCAAGAUGGACAACCAGGUGUUGGGCUACAAGGACCUGGCUGCCAUCCCCAAGGACAAGGCCAUCCUGGACAUUGAACGGCCUGACCUCAUGAUCUAUGAGCCCCACUUUACCUAUUCCCUUCUGGAACACGUGGAGCUGCCCAGAAGCCGGGAGCGUUCACUGUCCCCCAAAUCCACAUCCCCGCCUCCAUCCCCAGAGGUGUGGGCUGAGAGCCGGACCCCUGGAAUCAUCUCUCAGACUUCAACACCAAGAACCACGGGGACCCCCCGGACCAGCUUGCCCCAUUUCCACCACCCUGAGACCACCCGCCCAGAUUCCAACAUCUACAAGAAGCCACCCAUCUACAAGCAAAGGGAGUCCUUGGGAGGCAGCCCUCAGAGCAAGCACCUCAUCGAGGACCUCAUCAUAGAGUCGUCCAAGUUCCCUGCAGCACAGCCCCCUGACCCCAACCAGCCAGCCAAGAUCGAGACUGACUACUGGCCGUGUCCCCCGUCGCUGGCCGUUGUGGAGACAGAAUGGAGGAAGCGGAAGGCAUCUCGCAAGGGAGCAGAAGAAGAGGAGGAGGAGGAAGAUGACGACUCCGAAGAGGAGAUUAGGGCGAUCAGAGAGCGGCAGAAAGAGGAACUCAGUAAGGUUACUUCAAACUUGGGAAAGAUGAUCUUGAAAGAAGAGAUGGAAAAGUCAUUGCCCAUCCGGAGGAAAACCCGCUCCCUGCCUGACCGAACACCCUUCCAUACCUCCUUGCAUUCUGGAACGUCUAAGUCCUCUUCUCUUCCCUCCUACGGCAGGACCACUCUGAGCCGGCUACAGUCCACAGACUUCAGCCCAUCGGGGAGUGAGGCUGGGAGCCCAGGCCUGCAGAAUGGAGAGGGCCAGAGGGGGAGGAUGGACCGGGGGAACUCCCUACCCUGUGUGCUGGAGCAGAAGAUCUAUCCCUAUGAAAUGCUGGUGGUGACCAACAAGGGGCGAACCAAGCUGCCUCCAGGUGUGGACCGCAUGCGGCUUGAGAGGCACCUGUCAGCAGAGGACUUCUCGAGGGUCUUUGCCAUGUCUCCUGAGGAGUUUGGCAAGCUGGCCCUGUGGAAGCGGAAUGAGCUCAAGAAGAAGGCCUCCCUCUUCUAACAACCCUGUCAGCCUGCCCUAUCCAUGAAAGCACCUUUCCACUGCUGCUUCAAGGCCCUGGAGCUGGGACUAUGAGACCCCACAGUGUCCUCUUCCUCUGCCGGCUGGGAGCAGCGGGAGGCAGGGCAGAAGCCAUGAGCUCUGUUCCUCAGGGAGAGAGAGCCAAGACCUCUGCAUUCCCAGAGUUGUGAGGCACGGACUUCCUUCCCCACAAUGGGCCAGGGGCCUCACUCUGUCUCUGGUCCCCACUGCCUAGCCAAACCCAGCCUGGACUCCAGCACACACACAGUCAAUGUUUGCAUCCUCUCCCUGCCUGUCACCCCACAUAAAGGUCCCUAGAAGAGGGUGAAGAGAAAUGAAGGGGGACUUAGUGGUGAGGCCUGUCUGCUGUCCUGCACAGGGGAGUAGACUCAGAGCCAGGCAGGGGCAGCUCUGGGACCCUGUGUCUGCCCACCCAAGGGUUCUAGUCCACUCCACUCCUGACAGCUCCCUGCUCAGGGGCCUGCUACUUUUCUGACUGGCAGGAGCAGGCUCCAGCUGGGCCUCCAGCAGGGAGGUCAGCCUCCUUCCAGCUUGCCUGACCUUUACUUGCAGUCCCCUAAGCUUCAAAGCCUCUUGCUCCAGCCCCAGGGCUUCCCUAGAAACUGUGGCUGAGAGCAGAGAUGUUGCCUACAAACUGCCUAACCACCACCAGCCUCCAGGCAAAGCCAGCUAGGAUGCAUCCUUCUAGCACCUGCCCAGGGACCGCUAGCCAGGCCUCAGCCUCCCUUAGAUGGAAUCAAGAGGCCUAGCUUGGGGCAUCUCUGAGAGUCCUGGCUCCCAGGUCCCCUCAUUCCCAUGCAUCCCCCACUGUGCUCUCUACAGAAUGUAAUUUAUUGGGGCACCCCUGCUGCUUUCCUUACCUGACUCCCUGCCCUACCUAGUUGCACUCCCAGCCCCCUGUCUCUCCACAUACAUACGUGUAUAUAAUUAUAUAUAUAUAUAUUUUGCCUAGGUUUGGGUUUUGUUCCUGCCCAGACCCUGGCAUUCCCUGUCCACUGUGUGUGUGAUCAUGCUGGGUGGGGUGACUCUGCUUGGAAUUAAAAGGUUGCAUUGGGUCCCUAAAUCUA